AGUAACAUUAUUAUGAAAUUUCAAAUAUAUAUUAAUAUAAUUUAGUUCUAAUUUUGUAUUAAUUUAAAUUUUAUAAGUAUACAGGAAUUUUUAUAUCGUGUAAAUUAAUAAUAAUUGGAGAAGUUUCAUCUAAUAAUUGUAUUGUAUGUUUAAAAUUGUUAACUCAAGGACUGUUGUAUUAGUAAAAUGAUUGUGCUAAUAUUGAUUUGGACGCUAUGUCUGUUAUGUGCAUAUUAUCUUUGGAAUCAACGCUCCCGGGACACGGAUAACGAACCACCGAUGUGUCCGGGAGCAUUACCCGUGAUUGGACAUGCCCAUCUGCUUAUUGGAGACAGCAGUUAUUUAUGGCAAGCUAUGGUGGAUUUGGCAAACAAAAGUUAUGCAGCUGGAGGCGUUGUAUCAGCUGCCAUAGGUCCAAGGACGAUUUAUGUUGUAACUGAUCCGGAUGAUUUUUUCACGGUAGCCAAUACUUGCCUGCAAAAAGAUGGAUUCUAUGACUUUGCCAAACCAUGGCUUGGCGAAGGUUUAGUUACGGGGACAUUGUCAAUUUGGAGAAAUCAUCGUAAACUGUUGAAUCCGGCCUUCAGCAACACGGUCCUGGAUGGUUUCAUCGAGGUGUUCAAUAGUCAGUCCAGACGGUUGGUGAAAGAUCUGUCGGUCGAAGUCGGGAAGGGUUCAUUUGAUCACUGGACAUACACGAGACAUAAUGCCUUGGAGACUAUCUGCUUGACAGCAUUAGGUGUGGAUUUCACGGAUCACAAUCUCCUCAACAGCCAAUACGUGGUGGCAGCUGAACAAAUCUUUAAUACCAUGGUGGACAGAUUCCAGAAAUUCUGGUUGCAUAGUUCCAUAACUUUCCGUUUUAGCGGUGUGAAGAAAAAACAAGAUGAGUGUUUGAAAAUUUUACACAACAUGUCAAAUACGGUACUACAAAGAAGAAAGUCUGAAUUCAUAGGAAAUGUAUUACCGGAGAGAAAAACUGGAGGUUCAACACGUAGCAAAUUUAAAGCCUUCAUGGAUUUGCUGUUAGAAUUAUCAAUCGAGAAGGGAGUACUGAACGAUAGAGAGAUUAGAGAACACGUGGACACCAUGAUUGUGGGAGGGCACGACACGUCCGCUAAUGUCCUUAUGUAUACUUUGAUAUUACUGGGAUCACACCCUGCAGCGCAGGAUCGGGUUUAUGAAGAGUAA